AUGAUCGCGCUUCACGAUAUAUUCCUUUCGCACCUGUGUUUCCUUUUUGUCCCACAUCUCCGUUUCCCACUCUUUGCUGAAUUCUCCAUUUCCAGAGCACCGUUCGAGUUUGACUUAACUUGCAGGAUCCUUCAUAGGUCACACAAAAUGUCACCUUCGAAGAAGCCGGCUUCGAAACUGCCGCCGAGAAGGAUAUUGACGAGACCUUCUCCUUACAGAAGACCAGUUCAACAAACAUCGCCCGGUGCUGGAGGCACCAAUGUACAGUCACCACCUCAAACCUCGAGACUGUCACCACCUCAGGCCUCGAGUCAACCAAGCAAGAAGGCCAAAGGCAAAGCCAGGGCUCGGUCAGUAGACCCCGACGACGACUACGAAGACGACGAUGAUUCUUCCGACGUCCCUUUUGGUUAUGCGCUCCCCACAAUGAUGGAAGAUUGGUCAACCGACUCCUCCGAAGAAGCAGGGCGUACGCUGAAAGAACCCUCAUUGCGACAUUCUUCCUACCCAAAAAAUCCACUACAAAACGCAUCAAGUCCUCCAUCCGCGCGCAAGACCGGCUCGGCGCAUACACCGUCAUCGAAACAAACGAAGAAAACGGCAACCCCAAGUCCGUCUCGCGCAAGUCCCGCUCGACGGUCGCCGACAGCUGGCACAAGUCCUCCCAGGGCAAUUACACGAGGUACUACACCAUCAUCAGUGAAGUUAUCAAAGCGUCGUCUUGGGGACGGUGACGAUGGGGCGGUGUUAGCCUCCUCUCCGAAACGUGUUAAAUUUCGAGAAACGCCUACGGACUUCCGACCUUCCGCAUCUCCAGGAUCUGGUCCGGGCUAUGCUGGUGCGCAAUAUGCGCACUACCAAGCUAAGCUGCAUUCCAAGAAGACGAACGAAGGACAGCACACUCACCCUGCCGGCAACAAGGAGGCUACUCCGGCCGCUGAGCGGCCACUGACCAUCGAAGACGCAGAUGGGCUGUUUCAGGAGAUUCUUGGUCGGCCCAGAGCGCUGGAACUUGGGGAGAUCUCGGCACUAUUUGUCCGCUUGCAAGAAAUGAGCUUUCGAUUGUCGCAGCGGCAUUUCGAUUUCAAACUCACCGCCCCCCAGGAGGCUGCCUGGCCCUUGCAUCUGCUAUCCACGCAAUACAAGCCGCUGAUGUUGAUGGCACAAUAUAUCGCCGACGGCAGUCGGUAUACUUGGCGCAGCUUCUUCACCAAGCCCGAACACCGGGUGCCCCUGAUCCACGGGAUCAUUGGGGAAUGGUUCAAGCACCGUAUUUUCAACCAUACGGCCUUUGGCGUCCCGGACGAGCAACUGAAAGAACUCGAGGCCAUCGACCGCGAGUACAUCCAUUACGACGCCUUUGUCCGUUGCAAGAAGCGCGCGGAGGUUCUGGAGCGGUUGAAGUUCGGCUACGGCAGCGAUGAUGAUAAUGACGAGGACCCUUACUUCCCUGACGAACAUGGCAACAAUCUCGAUGUCGCGGCCUUUGAGCUCGCAGGACAUCUUGUUCAGCUGCUCGAACCUCUCCUUCCCCCGCCCAUCUUCGACCCACUCAGGGCCAAAACCGAUCGGACUGGAAUGGAAAAGGAACGUGCCGACUCCUUGUACCACGAGAUCUUCAUGGACCUGUUUGACUUGAUCCGUCUCGCCGCCAGUCUGCACCUGUCGAUCCGCUUUACCGGAAUUGAAGGGACCAUUGUGCGUAUUGCCCCACACAUGGCCAAGGGAAGUGUCUACGACACAUCGCCCAAUGCAAACAACAUCUGCGUCAACGCCCAGUUCGUCAACGCCACCAAGCCGCUCACGGUUGGUCCGCGGGACGCACUCCAGGUGAAAAUGACCUGCUGGGGACGGGUCGAGGCCGUCGUUCCCCAGGGGCCAGAUCGGUUGCAAUUGGAGCAACAAGCAGAUGUUGCCUCGGCGGAGGAUUUCGACGGUGUGUUUCCUGUGCUGCCGUACGAUUUACAAGAGUCCAAUGCCGGCCGAGCCGCAGUUGAGCAUGACGAGCCCCUCCCCGGUACCGAAUGGAGCAUCGCCCUCGCCAAAGCGGCGGCCGAAGAAAGCAGAGGACACCGGUACGGCAAGAGACAGGUUGAUAGCGAUGAUGAGGAGGAGGGGGAUUCGUCCGAGGACGACGAAACAACCAAAGCAUCAAAACCUCUACGAGGCUCUUUUGUCACUGUCUACCCGAACGUCGCCCCUUCCAACCUCUACUGCGUCUGGGUCGACGAUGCCCCCUCCGCCUUAAUGCCGGUGAGCGCCGCCAACAGCCGCCCUCAAACACUCGAGGAAGCUGUCGCCGAAGCACGCAGGGCCAAAGGAAUAUACUACCGCAUCGAAGACCUGGGGAUCCAGGCGGUCAACACGGUCCUCAAAUACCGCGCGCAAGAAUGGGCCGUGGCAACCGGCGUGCUCGGCGGACUCGCCGGCGGCAUGGUAAUCAUUGCCGCCGAGGCCCUCUUGAAGUCCACUGCGGCAGAGCGCACCGAGGUUUUGGAAAAUAUUCGAUCACACCUCGCUCAAUUCAAGUUGGCCGCCAGACACAACUUUGAGGCCAGCGUGCCUCAUCAUCUGGACACGCUCCGCGGUUUGCUCCAACACUCGGGCCAGCUCGUCAAGACGGCCGUUAUGCGCGCCGCUUCUUCUCUUCCUCUUUCUCCUUCGGCGGCGCUGGGAGUGCCUCUACAUGGCAUUCGCGAGCGGUACUCGGCUGCAGAGCCGACCACCACCACUUUGACCAGAACAGUUGUGGACUGGACGGUAGUGACGGUUGAACCGCCGUUGGGUGCUGUUGGUGAAGGGAUUGAACGGUUGUCUGCUGCAGUAACGGGGCGGAAUUUGUAG